CGAAAAACCCUCGUAACAUAAAUGCCACGCCGCGAUGGCGUUGUCUGGCAAAGCUUUCGGCCCUCCAUUUCUACUUGCGCGAUGCAUGGAUUUGUUUGACUGUUGCGUAUCUAGUUGCGUAUCAAUAGCAUAGAAACCUGUGCCUUCAUUCUUUACCUGCUCACAUACUGACCCGUUAUCGAAUGCAAUUUUUUUAAAAAUGCCUGACAGCGUAACAUCACGCGAGGUUACCAUUCAGCAAUCUGAAAUACCUCAGCAUUACGCGUAUAUUUACAAAUUUCGCGUGGAACAGUGUCCUUUAUUUCUACAGCACAAGUGUACGCAACAUCGCCCUUUCACUUGUUUUCACUGGCAUUUCCAAAACCAAAGAAGGCGAAAACCUGUACGAAGAAGGGAUGGUACUCUGAAUUACAGUGCUGAUGAGUAUUGCACAAAAUAUGAUGAAACCACAGGGAUUUGCCAAGAUGGUGAUGAAUGCCCAUUCCUUCACAGAACUGCUGGUGACACUGAAAGAAGAUAUCAUUUGAGGUACUUCAAAACUGCUCCAUGUGUUCAUGAAACUGACACUAGAGGAUUUUGUGUAAAAAAUGGAGUGCAUUGUGCAUUUGCUCAUGGGAAUUCUGACUUACGCAAUCCAGUGUAUGACAUCCGUGAUAUAAGGUCCAAAGAUACUGCAGAGGCAGACCUUACUGGUCCAAAUGCUCUUGAUAAAGAACGAAGUCUUUUGAAUGAUGACCCAAAAUGGCAAGAUACCAAUUACGUUUUAACCAAUUAUAAGACAGAACAAUGCAAAAAACCACCACGUCUUUGUCGACAAGGAUAUGCUUGUCCACAAUAUCACAAUAGCCGAGACCGCAGAAGAAGCCCCAAAAAAUUUAAAUACCGGUAUUUAUUUAUAUAUUUUUUUUCUGACGCAAUUUGUUCUUUGAGCUAUUUGUUUAUUUAUGUUAAUUCCAUUUUAAUGUGUUCCGUAAGUUCUACACCAUGUCCAAAUGCCAAACACGGAGAGGAAUGGGGUGAUCCUUCUGGAUGUGAUAAUGGGGAUCUGUGUCAGUACUGCCACACUCGAACGGAGCAACAGUUUCACCCAGAAAUUUACAAAUCCACGAAAUGUCAUGACAUGCAAACAAAUAGUUAUUGUCCUAGGGGAUCGUUUUGUGCGUUUGCCCACGGGGAUUUUGAAGUGGUAAGAGACAAUGGUGCACAUCAGGAUGGUGGAACCAAUUUGGCUGACCUUCUGUCUAGCGCAUUGCCUCCAGCGAACAAUCGAUUUUAUGGAAAAGAAAGUGGAAAUUUGAAUGAUGCGAACGAUGGACGCAUUGAUUUGCUUCUUGAUAAUUCUCCUAGAAGCAUACUGGAUAAUCCUUCUACCUCAUCUGCAACAGCCAGCACAAGCGUUCCUAUGCAAACAGCUUAUAGCCGGUUGCAAAGUUUGGAGACUGGUGAAUCAAUCUUGGCUUCUAGCGGGCCAACAGGUGUUGGUACCAGUUUAGGAGGCUUUGGUCCUUUGGUGCACCCAAUAUGUAAACCGAGGUCAUUGUCAGUACCGGGAGCUGAUAUGACUUCCUCGGGUCUUGAUCGAAUGAUAAGUUUGGAUCGAGAUGACUGGGAUCCUGUUUCAAAUCCUGAAUUGUUACGCGAACAGUUUGAAAACCUUGCAAAAAAAUCUAAUUUGUACGGCACGGGUACUCUGGGUGGUCUGUUAUCACAUCUUCAACCAGCUGCUUAUUUUCCAACUGCAGCAAGGUUAACCAAUUCAACUAAUGCAGCAGAAUGUGUUGUCGGACACGCAAUGGAUGAAAAUGAAGAACAGUUUAAAGACAGCAGUCGAGAAUACGAAGCAGAACAACCUUCAUUGUGUGAGUCGAUAACGAUGGGUGUUGGGCUAUUAACAGGAUCAGCUCCUGUUAAUAUACCACGAAGUGGACUUGAUCGCCACCCUCCACGCUUGUCCCCCUCACCACCAGCCAUAAAUCUGUUCUCGGGGAUACGAGUUGGCACUCAGGAAAGACCGUUGGAAGGAUCGGCCAAUUCUGGGUCUCUAUUUUUCAAACGGGUUGGAAGUUAUAGUAAUGCGGGCGCGCCGUUUCACGACUGGGUGAAUCACCAAACUAGUCCAAGUAACAACACUUGUAGAGGAUUGGCGAGUUCUGGUGCAAAUACCUCGCCUUUACUAAGCAAUCUAGCUUCUGCGAGUGGCUCGCUUGGAAAUCACGAGUUGCAGAGACUGCGAGAAGAAGCCACAACUUACCAAGCAAAAAUGCUUUCCCUAGAGGAAGAUUUGUCGCAAGCUAGAAGUGCCUGCGAUGUUUGGAGAUGUAAAGCAAUGGUUGCUGAGCAACAGCGUGAUGAGGCGGUGGCAACGAUAGCUGCUCUUCAAAACGAAAUGAGGUUACUUCGCGAUUCGCUAUCUGUUCACUCGCAUCGAAUCAAAGAAGGGGAAGACUUGCGACAUGUUCCGAUUUAAUUACAGCGAUAUCACAGCUGCCGAGUUAUUCAUUCUACAGCUAACUUUCAGUUGUUUUUCGUUUGAUUUCAUGCCCACUUAGGUAGUAAGUACUUGAUAAAUUUUCAUACACUUCUCGGAUGCCCAUCAUUUUCGAAGUAAAAUUCUUCGGCGUAUAUUAUUGUCAUCCUUAGGUUACGUUAGGUUUGCUUCGUUGGCUUGUGCUGCAUAAUUUUUUCUUGUCCAAUCCAUCUAUUAUUAACGAUGCCAAUUCUGACGACUGUUCUAUUUCUGUUUUCUGUUCCUUUCUCUCAGUGCUUGAAUGUCCACUUUAAAGUGGUUUGUUCUCCAUUUCCUGUUGAUGCUGAUAUUCAAACAGUGAUGAUGUUGAUAAUUCUUUUUUUUUCUCUCUCUCCCUGUCUGUCAUUUCAUUGCAAUUCUUCAGGAAUAGUUUUGUCUUCCCAAUUCUUCAGACCAUAUGGUUAGACAGUUAAACUGCAACAUUGCACCAUGGUACCAACAAUUAGCCGUAGGCCUAAAAAUAUUAAUAAAAUGUCCGUUACCCAGA